AUGAUCAUUGUGUUCCUCCUGUCAGCCGCCUGGACGUUCAUGCUCGCAGUGAUUCAAGUCCACGCAGACUCCAUGGCCAACACGAUCAUGAACACGACUGAGUUCGACAACGGAAACUUCUGGCUACUCCCCAAACCAGACGCGGCGAUAGUUGUUUCUUCGACUGUGAUUCUUGCACUGUUUGGGGUUGGCUACACUGGCCUGGUGGUGAUUAUGCUGUUCUGCUAUCGGGGCGGAAGCACGAACAAGGACAGCCACCAACCACCUGCUGCUGCUCCUUCCACUGCAGUUACCAUCACGCGUUUCACGUACCUGGAAAAAAGCUUCCCGCUCCCGAUCAUUUACACUUACUCGGUUCUGUUGCUCUGUAACUGGCUCAUGGUGAGCUAUCGAAACCAACGCUACGUUGCGGACCCAGCUUUGGUCAUUGCUCGGCUUUACUACACCUUCGACUUGUUUUUUGCAGUGUUCGCACCGCUCGUGGUGCUGUUCGACCGAGCUGCGUUUCUUACGAAAACAGAGACGAUCAGCGCGGGUACAUUCGACACUGUCGCCCGCCUCUUUGGGGAUCCAUCGCAGAUUUCAAGUUUCUGCAAAGCUUUCCACUACUUGCAAUUCUCUUCGCGCUCAACUUGCUAUCCGAAAUUUGAGAAGCAUUUCGUGCUCAAGGUCGUGCUCUCGCUAUUUUUCUUCCUCGCUGGAGUCGGCAACUUCGUGUACUCAAUUGGCGCCAUCGAGUCAACGAACGACUUGUGCAGCAGCUACAGCAAGUGCGUCGUGCGGAGCUACCACUGGAAUUACGGCGAAGAGCACUGCACGUGCCUUGUGUUUGCUGACCGGCAGACUGCACCUGCCACCUACGCAGAGUGGACGAAUCCUGAGGACACUAUUGGUGAUCUCGCGGCUAUGGCUAUGGCGGGACAACUGCGAAUCAUUCAGAUUAUCAACCAUGCUCUUCCAGAGCUACCGGAAGAGUUAAGGAGAUGCCACCACCUCGAACAGCUCAUUCUGGCCUACACAAAGACUGAAGGGGAUUUUACAAGCAGAAGACUCACAGCUAUCCCUGACGGCAUCUUCGACAACAUGCCGCAUUUGACCUUCCUGCGCCUAGGAGGUAUUCCAAACGUGACCAGCCUCCCGUCUCUCUCCGACCUGAAUAUUGUCAAUGCGCCGCUUAUCACGACGCUGCCGUCCCUGGCACCGCUUGUGAGCCUAACGUCGCUAGGAAUUCGACCCAAGAGUGGAAUUUGCUGCAACGGAUUCAUGUCGGGCACGUGCGACCUUACGCUGGCGCAGUGUUUGCCAGUAGCGAGCGAUAAGUUUACGAUGAGCUGCACCGAUGAGCGCAUUUCAGAUAAAGACAAGGCUGUUGUCGACUCGUUCGGGAGCUCCAUCUGCCCUAACAGCGCAGCCGUCGAUCGAGAGGCUACUGCUCCUAGCAAGUACACGACUGAUGAGCUCUGCGGUGGCGUGUUGUACAAGAACUGCACUCUCGACGGGGAACAGGGCAUCUGCUACAACACCCGCAUGAUGGUUGUUAAUUGCGAGACGACGUCCGGCUACGUAGCAAUGCGAAAGCUCCAGAUUGAACGAGGUGUUGGAGACCCAUGCGACCCAGACGUGGAGGCAUGGCUCGGAUGCGCAGCAUGA